CAAAAUUAUGCGUUUUGCACAUGAAAUUGCUACAUUUGUUUUAAUAUUUUAUUAUGUUUAUGUUAUUAUUAAUGAUAUGGAAUUAGUAUUGUUAUUAGAUUUACGUAGUGAAGAUUUUAUACGUUAUGCAUUGGCAGUUGUAUUUUUUGCUACAUUUACAUUUGCUGUAAUUGGUUUCACUGUGUUUGCACAAUUAAAUGUCUAUUCAAGACGUUUAAUACCGCAGAUUGAACGAUUAAUUUAUUGUCAAAAUGAUCAUCAACAACAUCAACAAUCAACAGUUAUGAGUAUUUAUGAUCGAAUCAUUUCAAAUCGACAACAAAUCUUACAACAUCAACAACAUUGUCAAUAUCUACCGAUACGUUUGAUAUUAUUUCGUUUGAAAUUAUUGGAAACACAUUUACAACUAACAACCAAUAUGAUUGGUAUACGUUGUGGUGAUAUAUUCACUAUUACAAGUGCGGAUAAUUUUCGUAGUUUAAUAUUUUUCUUUAUUAAUGUUAUACUUAUAUCCAAUCUGUUUCAAUCACAUUUUUAA